CCGCCAUUGCCGCCCCUCACACCGGGCUCCCCCCGCCUCCCCGGAAUGGUUCCUCCCGCCGCGGUUCCUCCCGCCGUGGUUCCUCCCGCGCCCCCCGCCCCGUGGCGCAGUGGUAGCGGCCGGCGCGCGGCUCGGUGACGCGCGAGCCAUGGCGGCCAUGGCGGCGCUGCCCCGGGCGCCGCUGUCGCCGCCUGGCGGGGGCGCGGAGGACGCGGCGGGGCCUGAGGGCACCGAGGGGCUGUUCGUGCUUCUGGGCGCGGGGCUCGCCGCCGCCAGCCAUCCCCUGCUCUACGUCAAGCUGCUCGUGCAGGUUGGGCAUGAGCCACUACCUCCAACCAUUGGAAGAAAUGUACUGGGAAGGAAGGUCCUGUAUCUGCCCGGCUUCUUCACCUACGCCAGACACAUUGUGGAAGUGGAUGGGAAAAGAGGCCUCUUCCGUGGCCUGACUCCUCGCCUCAUCUCAAGCACUUUAUCAACCAUCACCAGGGGGAGUGUGAAGAAGGCUUUUCCACUGGAGGACAUGGAGCAUGUGUCUAACAAGGAUGAUAUGAAAACUUCGCUUAGGAAAGUGGUCAGAGAGACAUCCCAUGAGAUGAUGAUGCAGUGUGUGUCCCGGGUUGUCUCACACCCGCUGCACGGCUCAGGAAAGGCCCCAGUUUCUAAUGAGUCUUGCAGUGCUGAUGACCACACUGAGAGGAGCUGGAGAUGCUUGAUCUCCAUGCGCUGCAUGGUCCAGUUCGUAGGCCGGGAAGUCAAAUACAGCGGUGUGUUCAGUGCCAUUGGCAGGAUAUUUAAGGAAGAAGGGAUCCUGGGAUUCUUUGUGUACUGGGUUAGUCCCUCACAUCCUGGGGGAUGUCAUCUUCCUCUGGUGCUGCAACCUCCUGGCUCACUUCAUCAACACCUACGCAGUGGACGACAAUUUCAGCCAGGCGUCGGUGAUCCGGAGCUACACCAAGUUCGUGAUGGGGAUCGCUGUGAGCAUGCUGACGUACCCGUUCCUUCUCGUGGGAGAUCUCAUGGCAGUGAACAACUGUGGGUUGCGUGCAGGCCUCCCUCCCUAUGCUCCUGUCUUUGCAUCCUGGAUCCACUGCUGGAGGCACCUCAGUGCUCAGGGGCAGCUGUUCCGUGGCUCCAGCCUGCUGUUCCGCAGGGCGCCCGUCCCAGCCGCCUCCUUCCCCAUCGACUGACGCCUCGGCAGGGAGAGCUCAUCAACUCGGACUCCUCAAGAAACCCCAAGCUUGUUUCGAUAUCUGUAUAUUUCUAUUUUCUGAUCCAAAGUCCAUGGUGCCAGAACUGACACCUCCUCUCCAGCAAGGCCAGCAACAGACUUCUGGACAUCUGUCUUCAGGCUCCAGCUGGACCAAAGCUCCAUCCUCAUGGCUGUCUCGACUGGAAUGUGUAGCAGAGAGAGCAGAAAGGCCUUGUCCCUUUGGUCCAGGCUGUAUUCCUGGAGUUGCUGGGGAAGUCCAGGAAUACAGAAAAUGGCCAGGUACUAAAGGAGGCAGCCUUGAGUUGCAGGGACAAAAGACUGCUUUGUUCUGCCUGAGCUGGGAAGCAGCAGGAGAUCCAAGGUCACCUCCCUGGGAAAGUUAUGCCAGGUGACAGCCUCCUGCCUCAUCCUUUCUGGAGAGAGCACCUUUGCCUGGCGGGUAGCUCAUCCUGGGAAAGAUCAACCUGGCAUCCAUAUUGAAGGUUUGAGGGUGCCUGAACACCCAGGAGCAUCCCACCUCUAAUGGGCAUGAAGAGGAAAUUAUAGGAUCAAAACAGGGAAGGGAAGCAGAAUCCCACUGCAAAGAGCAGCAGAGUCCCGAUGAGACAGGUCCAGCCCAGCUCAGGGCAGCGAUGGGAUGUGGACACAGAGAGAGCCCUUGAGAAGGGACAUUCGCUGCCAGUGGUGCUGCCUGGGGCAGGAUUUCACUUGUGGAAUGGGCUGUGUUUAGGAUACGCCCAGCUGAGCUGUGGGCUGGGCAGGCAGCCUGCACACGCUCUCGGGGAGGCGGGUGCUGGGUUGGACUGGUCUGGCUGCACCAAGGGGCAUCUCCCAGGCAGCAGCAGCACCACGAGCCCUGCUGGGCUCCGGCUCCCGUUGCUGAUGAAACGGAGCCGUCAGGAUCUGAGAGCUGCACACAAAGGGCUCUCCUGCAGCAGGGGCAGCCAUCCAGGGCUGUCUGCAAUAAAGGGAUACACCUUGAGCUGGCCAAAGGCUGGCGAGGCAUCAGGGUCAAAGGCUCCUGGUGCUCAGUGGAGCACUGCUGGCUCUGUGUGUAGCAGAGCUCACCAGUGGCACCAGGGCAGGAUUGAUGCUCAGCUCUCCAGACAAGAGUUUCUUUGCACCAGUCUGUGCUGUGAUGGCAGCCAGGCAGAUUUCCCCCAUUUCAGUUCCCCACGAAGCAGUCUUUUGCACAGAGGUGAGGCUGCACUCCCUGGGAAGAGGUUUAGCAUUCCUUGAGCAGGUUCCCAUGUGCUGCAGCAGCAGCUGGGGUCACAUCUCAUCCUGGUCCUCUGGGGACCUGCCAUCACACGGGGUUUUUCUCCAUCAGGCAGGGUCGAUGCACACCCCCAGGCAGGGCUUGCAGGACAGUGGUGGUACGUGCUGGGACUGGCAGCCCCCACCCAGCUCCCUUCGGUGUCGUGAAGUCAGUCCUGUCUGUCCUCCCUCGCUCCCAGUUUGUGUUACAGUUAAAUAAUGCAUGGACCUGUUCCCUAACACCAGAGAUGAUUUCAAACAGGAUUUAAUUAUGCUCCAAAAUACAGUUAUAAAACAAC